CCGCCGCUCGCCCUGCGUCUGUAUCUGCAGUCUCACAACGCCCCACCCAUACGCCCCUCAGUAGGCACACUUUCGCAUCACGACUCACGAGCCCCCCUCGACCUGCGUGGAGAGCAAGUUGGAUCGACAUGCCUUUUCUGGGCGGCGCGAGCGAAGGUGGAGCAGCAGCAGCACCUAGCUUCGAGACUGCUCAGAGCGUAUCGGCUCGACGUAAACGCGUAGCCCUGAUCGUUCUAAGCUCCACCUUUCUCAUUGGCCUAGUACUCAGCGCUACAUUCAGAAAUGAGAUCAUCAGUCUUGCCGAGACGAUCGGAGUCAAAGGGUUUGGCUGGAUCGUCUUUUUCUUCUCUUCAGCUCUGACCCUGCUCGUGCUCGUCCUAAGCUUCAUUCCCAUCCUGCUCGGUUUCUGGUGGCUCUUCCUAGCUCUCUUCAUCUACAUCCAGAUCAAACGAGGAGGAGGAGGUGCAGCAGCAGCGUCAAGCACCACCGGAUCGAGCGCCCAGACCUUUUCCCAGGCUGCCAAAGACGCCUGGAAAAAGUUGCCUUCCUUGACGGGCUCUGGAGAGGGCAGGAUCAGGCUUUGAAUCGACCUUCUAGGGUCUCGCGCGCAGGAAGUCGUUCAGGAGGAUCCGUCAGAUGCGGAAGAGGCACACAAGAAUCCCUGAGCGCUAGCGGCCCUGUUCAAGAGUAUUCAAUCAAAAGAUCGUCAGCUCCCCCUCCCAGCCCCCUGCUGCUCCUUUUGAUGAUCAAGCGCAUCAACGAGGCUCGACGCAAGGAAAGGCGCCCGAUUUCCCAUCUCGAGAGUGGCCCGCGCCGGACAGACCGUCUCAUCGUGUCCAAGUCCUGCUACAACGCUUCCAGAUGCGUGUGCAAGCAGCGGCUCAA